GUUACCAGUGAAUUAUUGCUAGAUCCAGUCCAGACUUCUUGCUGCUGGGAAAAUCUCUCCCGCGCCGUCUCUCAGCAACAUCAGGCCGCCGGUAAACCCUGUCGUUUUUGCAAUAAAGCUCCACUAGUAGUGGUGGAAGAUGCUGAUUUAAAACGCAGAGUGGAGCAACUAAAGGUUUCUUCAACGUCAUAUGGAAGAGGAAUGCCCUAAGGCAAAGGUUCCAUGCAAGUUUUCCUUUGCUGGGUGCAAGGUAAAACUGAAGCGAGAUUUGGUGCAACGACACCUUGACACCAGUAAGGACGAACAUCUUGAAAUGAUAGCAAGUGAAUGCAAAAGGCUAAAAGCCGAUGUAGGCAAUUUACAGCUUGUCGUUGCCCAAAUUUCACCUUUCCUCUCACCUCUGGAAUUGCCAAUGAAUAAUUUUGAACGGUUCAGAAGUGGUGGCACAGUUUGGCGCAGCAAUGCCUUUUACACUCAUUUUGGUGGCUACAAGUUAUGCCUCGGAGUAUCUCCGAAUGGAUGGGCUGAAGGCGAUAGCAGUACCUACGUUGGUGUAGCCAUUUACAUGAUGAAAGGAGAAUUCGAUUCUCGUCUCAAGUGGCCAUUUAAAGGAGCAAUCACAGUUGAACUGAUCAACCAGAGAAAGGGAGGAGAAUCAUGUAAGAAGGUGAUUGUUGAUCAGUACACUGAUCCCAGACAUUUUGAAAGGGUGACUGAGGGUGACAUAAGAGAUAAUGGGUGGGGAUAUCCGCAAUUCAUCUCCCACUCUGAUCUCUACAAGCCUGAAGAGAGUAAGGAAUACUUAGUGAAUGACACACUGAUCUUCAGAGUCACCAACAUUGAAGUUUUUAGUGUUUAGAACACAGCAGAUAUGGUUGUAGCAAGUUUUAGAGAUUAUAGAGAAUAUGUGGAAUUAUUUUAUACCAUCCAACAAUUUUGUAUCAGAUUCGUGUGCUAAGACGAGGUGUUUGUAGCUAGCUAUACUUUCAAGGAUUUGCUGCAGGUGUUGGUGGUGCAGUCCUUGGUGGUAUGAAUAUGUGCAGUCAAUAUUCAU